UGAGCGUUGCGUGCGUUUCGGAGCUUCGAGCGGAGAUUUCUGGCCAUUGGCGUCUGGCAACUGGCAACUGGCGAGCCGCCUUGUAUCGUCUGUUUUAUGUUUUUCUCGCCUCUCCGACUUCCGUAUAAGUUCAUUUUUGCCGUCGGCCAACGUUGAAAAUUUCCAUCGCCUGUUGUCGUAGUCGUCGCGAUUCCUGUCGCCCACCAACACCAACACUAACUAACCAAUACCAAUAAAAAAACCACCACAGCAAACGGAAACCGCCAACGGAAACUGCGAUACGGAGCUCAGUUUUUUAAUUAACCCGCCCGAAUUAGUUUUGUUCAAGAAUAUUUCCCGUACCACCGACAAAUGCAAAUGAAAAAGUGGCUAGCAAAUUUAUGAAUGCAGGCCAAGAAUUAUGUUUCGUCUGAUAAGACGAUGCGAUGAUAAAUGUGUGUGAGAGUGUCUUCAACAAUCGGGAGCCAUAAAUAAUGGUCAUUAUGGGCUGAGGCCUGGGAAAAACUAAUGAAAAUCUUUGUGUGGCUCAAAAAAAAAAAUUUAAUACGAAUACAAAAGUAUCAUAUACUAUAAACGUACAUAUUUAUGUGGAUUUAUUAAGCUGUUAAAAUUGGAUAAACUUUCCGACCACUUUGACCAAUUUUAAACCGCUCAUUUAUCGGACUUAACCAGUACCUGGUUCUUUAAGGCGCUACUCUGGCGCUUCAGGCUCAGCAAAUGAUCGGCACCGAGGAUAUGUCCACAGCGGCUGGCAUGGACAUCAGCGAGUCCUUUCGUGCCGAGGAUCUCUCGAAGGCGGACUUCUUCGACUUUGUCACCGGUCCCGAUAUGGGAAUCGGUAUUGGGGUGGGAGUGGGCGUGGAGGCUCUGGGAGUGAGUCUGCACCAACAGCAGCAGCACCACCAGAACCACCAGCAACAACAGCAGCCGCACAGUCACAACAGCCACAGCAACAGCCACGUGCAAGUGGUGCACCAGCCCAUCACGUCGCAGUCCCAGCAGCAAAGCCUCUGCGGUGGUGCGAGAACCAACAGCAGCAUGAUCCACGACGGCGGGGGCGGUGGUGCAAGCGGUGGGGGUGGUGUGGGUGUCGUGGUGCCCGUCGGCAAUCGCAACGGAACCAGCAACGGCGGAGAUCCCACGUUACAGGGCUACGAGUUUUGGCACCAGGACAAGGACAGCAGCCGCCUCGACUCGAGUUCGAUUUUCGAGGACCUCGACCGCUACUGCUGGCAACAGCAGCCGGUCACAGCCAGCGCCAGUAAUGGUGGAUCCACCAGCACCAACCAGCCCAGUCCCACCUCGCCGCAGGGCCACCUGCAACAGCAGCAGCAGCAGCAACAACAGCAGCAGCAGCAGCAACACCAGCAACAUCAGCAGCAGCAACACCAGCAGCUGCAGCAGCAACAGCAGCCAAUUGCGAACAGCUCGUCGGCAGCUUCCAGUGGAGCGGGCAGCAGUAGCGAUACGAUCAGCAGCCUGGACACCACCGAUGGCCAGAUCUACACCCUGACAGUAUUAAAUGGCGGAGAGCCGUGGCUAAAACGCUCCGAGGCCGAACAGCUGCCCACUUCCCUCGAUUUGGAUAGCUUGCUGGGCAGUUUUCCGGGCUACAUCAAAUCGGAGUAUCCCUACGACGACAGUGGUUUCAGCACGGAUGGCAAGGAUGUGAUUGGCAAUGGAACGGAUGGUCUCAGCAGUAUUUCCCAGGGCCAAAAUCAGGGUCAGCAGACGCAACAGACGCUGCCGUCGCUGGUCACGGCCAUCUCUUUGGCGGGUGGCAAUGAUUUGGGCCAACAGUUGGCCCAGUUUCAAAACAACAACAACGAUUGGCACAUGGCGGAUCACAACACGGAAACGGAUCAAAGUACAGCGGAAUCUCUGCUGAGGAGUGCCCUCCAGGGCAAAGGAUAUGCCAAGGGUUUGCAUAUGCAAAAUGGUUUAGCCAUGCCAGUGGUUAAGGAUGAGGACAUGCGACGAUUGCUGUUCACCGAUGAAGCUGCUGCCUUGGGUUUUGCGGACUCCACUUUGAGUGCUGCCCAGAUGUUCGAUGAAGCCCAGGGCAUCCAUCUCAGUUCUCAGCAGCAACAACAGCAGCAGCAGCAACAACACAAUGGCAAUGCCAACAUUCUGGUGGACGAUAUGUUCCUUUCCCUCGAGAAUGCCUUUAGUGAUGAUUUCGAGAAGAUCAAGCGCAUAGCCAACGAAGUGCAGCAGUUUUGUAGUGCCGGCUCUGCAGGGACACCAACUCCCGGGGAUUACUGCCCACCCAGUGAUGUCCUGAUGCAAAUCUCUCCCAGUCCGGCGGUUACUUCAGCGGGACAAUUGCAACCACCGCAGCCACUGAAACCGGAAGUUAGCACCUCCACUUCCCCGUCGACGGCAGUUGCAAUCUCCACGGCCUCCAGAUCCGGAGGUGGGGUGACCAAGCCCAAGAAGGCCUACAAGCGCAGCAGUAGCAACAACAACAAUCCCAAUGUGGCCAACAAUAACAAUCAGAGCAGCGGAAGCAAUCCGCUGAUGGGAGGCAGUGGGAGUGGCAGUUCCUCGUCGAGCGGCAGUGCCAGCAGCAGCAGCAACAGUCCGCCGGCCAAUUCCGGCGGCAGUUCGUCCUCCUCCUCGGGAAGUGCACAGCGGAAGGAGCGAUCGCUGCACUACUGCUCCAUCUGCUCGAAGGGAUUCAAGGACAAGUACUCGGUGAAUGUGCACAUACGCACCCACACCGGUGAGAAGCCCUUCGCCUGUUCGCUGUGUGGCAAGAGUUUCCGGCAGAAGGCGCACUUGGCCAAGCACUACCAGACGCACAUGACCCAGAAGAACAACGGCAGCCUGAUCAAAGGAGGAUCGGGGAAGCAUCCACGUUCCAGUGGAUCAUCUGCGAGUGCAGCAAGUGCAGCACUCAACCAACGACAACAGCAACAGCAGCAGCAGCAACAACAGCUCAGCGGAGGAGGAGUGGUGCCGAGUUCGCUGCCCGUGAUGAUCAGCAAUCCCAAUACGCCACCCGGAGGAGUCCUGCCACCUGCCAAUGGACUGCUCGCCAAUCGGUAGUAACCACAGGCAGCGGGUUCUCAAAACCCGUCUGAAACUAUCUCUUGUUCCUUACUCACAAAAUACACACACACACACACACAAAAUGAUGAAACUCAAAAUGAAAAUGUAGAGAAACUAUUACUACUCGAAAUACCUUAAUACUCGUACUCCCAACUCGAAUUUACGUCAUUGAUGAAUUCCUAUUUCAGCUUUCUGUGCAAUUCCUAUAUGUAUUUCAACACACAGACAGACAGACAGAAACACACACUCGAAGCACUUCCAAAUACAAUACUCAACUAAAUGUACAUUUACACAAACAAAUUAAAUUUAAAUGUGCCAAAUUUUGAAGAUUUUAAUAACUAAAGUUAAAAUAAAAUAAAAUAAUCAUAUAUGCUAGGCUUGUAGAAAUAGAAGUGUAACGAAGCUAAUGAAGCAAUUCCACGAGUGGUGAUAUCAAAAUGAGGCCAAACGCUUCCUUGCUAAAACAUCUUACUAAAGCCCCUAAAAAUCGAAUAAGAUUUAGAAGAUUAAUCCUCGGUUCAGUUCGAUUUUAAUACUCCUAUUCACCAGCAGUUCUUCAGAGUUUUUAGUUUUCAACUAGCCCAGCACGAUGCGUGUUUCCUGUAAAUUAAAAGUAUUUGCUUUCAUAGUUGCUCUGCCCAAAUUAGCAUAAAUUUGUUUGCUAGUGUUAAUGUAUAUAUACGCAUAAAUAGUGUUAGAUUCAUUUAUAUAUAAAAUAAAGCCAACAAGGGGAAUGCCAAAUAUUUGAGGGAGGAACACUGACCCGAGGCACUAAAUUCGAAUCGCGUCCUCCGGAGCUCAUCCUACAGCCAAUUCCCGCUCCUUUCUCCUUCAAGGAUCUCUUUGAUCUCUUGGGCCGAGUGUUAGCCAACUUCGAAGGCAUUCAAGACGGGGGCACAAGCAUUACUUUUAUCAACUAUGUACUUACGUUUACACACCAACGUUCAGCAACUCAACUUGCACUUGCCAUUAUUUUUGUAUUUGAUAAACACAAGGCGCAUUACUACGGCGAAUUCCCUAUAAUUAAAGAUAACACCACAUUCCCCCAACUAGUGUAUUGUAUUGUAUAGGCUAAGCUAUCGGAUAAAUCAGCCGUAGUUAGUGGUUAAUUAAACUGCCAAUUAUUUUGUGAUAGUUUUUAAUGGACAAUAGUUUAGAUUACGCAAAAAUAUCUUCAAUGGUGUUUGGGUUAUGUAACGUUUUAACGAUUUGUUAUAAACUGUGUACACUUUGCAAUACGAGUAUUUUCUGCUAAUUUAUUGAACUUAAUAGUUUAUGUACAUAGAGAACGAUCCUUGUUUAUAUCCAAGCCUAGGCUAAGCCACACAUCGAAAUCUUAGUUAAAUCUUUGUUAGUUAUUAUUUAUGCACACACACGAAAACACCCCAAGCCCCACACACCAACACACACACACACAUCCAUCUGCGGUUAAGUUUUGCAUUAAUUUUUUUAGUAUUGCAAGCAUUAAAAAUAAAGAAAUCUAAAACGUUUUAUUGACAAUUAA